GGGGCAGUCGGGCGGCGGGCGGCGGCCGGAGCGCGGCCGCGAUGGCGCAACGCGACGAGAAGGUGCCGGCGGCGGCGGGCGACAGCGAGCCCGGGGCCGGGGCCGGGGCCGGGGCCGGGGCCGGGGCCGGGGCCGGGGCCGGGGCCGCGGCUGAGCAGGGACAGAGCGGGGUCGCCGCGCCCUUCCAGCCCCCCGAGGGCGGCUUCGGCUGGGUGGUGGUCUUCGCCGCCGCCUGGUGCAACGGCUCCAUCUUCGGCAUCCACAACUCCUUCGGGAUCCUCUACAUGAUGCUGCAGAGCGACCUGGGCGAGGGGAAGGAGGAUCCGGCGCUAGAGUUUAAAACAGCAUGGGUUGGCUCCCUGGCCAUGGGAAUGAUUUUUUUCUGCUCCCCCAUCGUCAGCAUCUUCACCGACCGGAUCGGCUGCAGGACCACAGCGGCCAUGGGAGCUACCAUCGCCUUCAUCGGGCUCCUCUCCAGCUCCUUCACCAAGUCCCUGGAAGUGCGUUAUUUCACAUAUGGGAUCCUCUUUGGCUGUGGCAGCUCCUUCGCCUUCCAGCCCUCGCUGGUCAUCCUCGGUCACUACUUCAAGCGCCGCCUGGGCCUGGCCAACGGCAUCGUGGCCGGGGGCAGCUGCCUCAUCUCCGUGCCGCUCCCCUUCUUCCUGAAGAUGGUCGGGGAUGCCAUCGGGCUGGCACACACUUUCCAAGUACUCAGUGCCUUAAUGCUCAUCCAGAUCUUCUUGUCCAUGACCUACCGGCCCAUCCUGACGCCUUCUUGUGACCCUCAGCACGACGGGCGCGACAAGCUGGGCAGCCGGAGCAUGAGGCAGCAGUGCUGGGCCCAGACCCGCAAGUAUUUCAACCUGAGGGUUUUCCGGAGAAAGACCUAUCGGAUUUGGGCCUUUGGGAUCGCCACUGCUGUCCUGGGAUACCUCGUACCUUACAUGAACCUGGUCAAAUACGUGGAGAAGAAAUUUCAGGAAACCAAAAAGGACUGGAUCCUCCUGGUUUGCCUCGGGGCCAUGUCGGGGCUGGGGCGUUUGGUUUCAGGCCGGAUUGGCGACUGCAUUCCUGGGCUGAAGAAGAUUUACCUGCAGGUUGCAUCCUUCAUGCUGUUGGGCCUCCUGUGCAUGAUGAUCCCGCAGUGCCGAGGCUUCGAGGGCGUCAUCGUCAUCUGCCUCUUCCUUGGCCUCUGUGACGGCUUAUUCACCACCAUCAUGGCCCCCAUCGCCUUCGAGCUGGUGGGGCCCAUGCAGGCGUCCCAGGCCAUAGGGUACCUCAUGGGGCUGAUGGCCGUGCCCAUGACCGCGGGCACGCCCAUUGCAGGAUACCUCAACGAUUAUUUUGGGAAUUACGACGCGGCCUUUUACUUCGCCGGCGUGCCGCCCAUCAUCGGCGGCCUGGUGCUCUCCGUGGUGCCGCUGGUGCACCAGAGGAUGCUGAAGAAGCAGCGCCUGGAUUCUGGCAAAGACAAGAUGCUGGUGUCGGAGGCGGUGGUGAACGGGGAGCUGCUGCCGGGCUGCCCAGCCUCCGAAGCACACAUGUGACGCCGCUCCCGGCUCUCCCGGGACACCAGCAGCCUCUCCGUAGCCCCAGCACAGGCCCUUUCCCAGACGGACCAAAAUUCCCAGUGAUUGCAGAUGCACUACGUUUGUAAAGGAGAAAACACAAAUAUUUCUUCUAGUUAAAGGCUUUUAACUAGCAGAAAUGCUCUUUUUUUUUUUUUUUUUUUUUUUUUUUUUGGGACAGUUUUGAUUUCAAAGCCACCUUUUUUUUUUCCCCCCCUCCCCCAACCAGUUUUGUAAGGAGAACUCUCACCAGGAUUCAAACUUGAUCGAGCUCCUGCUCCUCUCCCGGGUUUCUAUACGUCACGACAGAGGUUUACAGCUAAUAAAUGCCUUUUCCAAGCAGGCCACGGAUGGAACUUGUUGAACCUUGCAGCUGUCCAUCCUCCUCCUCCUCCAGUGUCACUUGGGUGUCACAUCCAAGUGAGACAGCCUCCUCCCCGACCAGCACCUGGGGCUGUUCUGGAGCCAGAGAUCCAAAGGAGGAAACGCUGCUUUAGUCUGAUGCACAAACCAAAUAAAUGUCAGCGAGUCCCGCUUUCAUCUUCCUCUUUCCUCCUUUCCCGCUGCUCUCCCACACCCCCAGGGAGCUGCAGCUGGGAUGACAGGGAGCUCAGCUGGCUCCAGCCAUCGGAGUCACGCGGGAGCACACCCUUCCUGCAAAAUAUGCCUUAAAAACGCGUGGAUGAGACCAGCAGGUCCCUUGGCCGCUUUCCACCUCCAUUUUCCCACCCAGCAAUUGAGGAUUGGGCUUUUGAGCUGCAGAAGACAGGGGCAGCUCCUUGCACAGCCCACAGUGCCCACAGUGAGGCCAAAUCCAUGGGAUUGCCACCAAAAUGGGCUCUUUGGUGGCUUUGAGGCACACAGGGUUGGGACAGAGCUUUGUGUCAUGGGUCAGCUCCGUGCUGGGAGGUGGCUUCCCUGCUGGGCUCAGGGGUACCCAUGGGUGUGGGGAUGCUGCUGGCCCAGGGCACAGGGUGCCUCUGCUGGUUUUGGGGGCCAGUUGUGUAUUAUGCAGCAAUAAGCAUGAGUCAGUAUUGGUGGGGAAUCCCAGUUUUCCAAAGGGUUUGACAGCCCCAGUAGCGUUUAACUUGUAGCCCGUGUGUUGUCACUGAGCUGGUGGAGGGUCAGUGCUGAUCUGGGAGGAGAGCGAGACAGUGCAAGGAAAUCACACAGCCAGUGGUUACCCACCACACUGAGUGGCAGCACAGCUCAACCCCAGCUCGGGCAGGAAUCCAUCACUGCCCACAGAAAAUUGUAGAAAUUCAAAUUGCGCAGAGAAGCUGUGACUGCCCCAUCCCUGGAAGUGCUCCAGGCCAGGUUGGGCAGGGCUGGGAGAGACCUGGGGUACUGGAAGGUGUCCCUGCCCAUGGCAAGGGACUGGAAUGAGAUGAGCUUUAAGGUCCAUUCCAACCCAAACUAUUCCAUGAUUCUAUGAUCAUCUCCAGGGAUUGCUAAUGAGCGUGGCUAUUGAGUGAGAAGGGAAGUUCUCCUGCCCUGGUGGGUCCCUGUGUGAACAAGGAGCCAGCUGGGACUGGGGUACCUUCUCCUGGGAGAGAGCAAGAAACAAAACUCACAUUUACCCUGACUGCAAACCCAUCCUUCAUCAGAUUUUCAUUUUGUUCACCUGACACUAAAAGUCUGAGAUGUCUGAAGAGGGACGUGUGUUGUGGGAAUCAUCCCUUGGUCUCCGGGCGAGUGUGGGGGUUUGGAACACCAGGACAUGUUUUUGCUGUGGAAAUCUGGGCUCAAUGGAGGCCCCUCCCACAGGCAGCAGUGGGACUUUUGUACAUAAUAGGCUCAGGACCCUGCAUGUCCCUCUGGCCCUGUUUUUAACCCCUGUUGGCUGAUGCAUUGUAAGGUCUUGUGUUCUCGUGGCCCUUCUGUCCCCGUACGAGCUGGAAAAUUACCUGGUGUGUUGUGACGUGUCUGUUUAUGAUAUAAAAUGAGAUACUUGUCUCUUUCUUGGA